AUGAAGGUAUCACAAGCGUUCACCUUGUUCGCGCUCGCCACACAAGCCAUCAGCGCUACAUCAAUACCACGCGCCAACGAUGUGCUCAUCGCCGUCGAACAACCCCGAUCUGUCGACGUCGUCUCCCCAGAUCAUACCUUGGAGAAGCGCAAAGGUGGCGGCGGCAGAGGCGGCGGGAGCUCAGGCGGAGGACGCAGCGGUUCUUCCAGCGGUGGCUCCUCCCGUACCGGCUCCAGCUCUUUGAGUGGCGGCUCAACGCGCGCUGGCUCAGGACCUUCGCGCGCAUUUGGCGGUGGACGAUAUUACGGUGGCGGCGCAGCUGUUCCCUACUCCGCAGGAUCGCGAACACCCAAGGGCCUUAUCGCCGGUGCCCUGAUCGCCCCUAUCGCAAUUCUCGCCAUCAUGCCCGGUAUUUGGCUUUACAACGUGUACCCAUACAACUACAAUAAUCCCUACCGCUUCCGUAACCAGUCCGCUGUCGCCAACCGAACGCUGUCGACGAGAGAAACUGGCGCCAACGAGACGUUGCCAGUCAAGUGUUUGUGCCAGGAGUUCAGCGUCUGUGGUUGCGACGAGAAUGAGGAUCAACAGUAUUUGACCGACCUGGUUGGUAACGGCAGCUAUGCUGCUCUCAACAAGACACUCAUCACGGUUUCCGAUAUCGACGGUAUCAAGACACUCGUUCUCAACGGCACUCUUCCCAAUGGUACUACAGCGCCUGGAGGCGCCGAUGACGACGAGGGUGCUGCCGUCCACCUUGCUUUGGGCAAGUACACUGGGUAUUGGGCUAUGGGCCUGAUAGUCCUUUACGGUGUCUUCGUAUAA